UUUUCAUCUCUCCCUCUUUCUUAUAAAGUAGGAGCUCUAGUUACAAAUCGAAAUUGUGCUCAUAGUGAUGCAUUUUGCUGUGAAGAAGAAGAAGAAGAAGAAGAAGAAGCAGUUUAGUGAGAAGUUUAGGGAUCAAGGGAGGUAGAGAUUGAUUAGGGGAAGAUGGGUUACAUGCUUGUUUUCUGUAUGUUGAGCACCUUCUUCAGCAUGAGAGCUUCAGGAGGGGCUCUGAGUAGUAGUAGUAGUAGUAAUAAUGUUCAUGGUAUUGGAGAAGUGUUCAAUGUCAUGAUGGAGGGUGCUGUUGGUGAUGGCAGGACAGAUGAUGGAGAGGCAUUUCAAAGAGCAUGGCUGCACGCGUGCCGAAUUCCAUCAGCUGUGGUUUUAGUGCCAGCAGGAAGGAAGUUUUCGUUGAGGCCCAUUGUCUUUGCGGGCCCCUGUGCAUCUAAACUCCAACUCAAGGUGGAGGGUACAAUCGUGGCCAUGGAAGGACCGGGAUCCGGGACUGGGGAUCAUAAGGCCUGGCUGGAAUUCAAGAACCUUCGAGACUUCGCAUUAGUGGGGAAUGGAGUGAUCAACGGUAAGGGCCGUCGGUGGUGGAGCCAAGUUUGCAGACCCACCAUGAAGAGAUGCAAUCCAGGAUCCAAAGAGCCCCCCAACGGGUUAGUUUUUCAGAACUGUGUGAAUGUUCGUGUUAGCAAUUUAAGGAUCCGAGACAGUCCGAAGUUUCAUCUUACAUUCACGAACUGCGACGGCGUACGCGCCACAGGAUUGCUAAUCACGGCCCCCAGAAACAGUCCCAACACUGAUGGGAUCCACCUCAAAGACUGCCAGAAUGUCUUUAUCUUGAACUGCAGGAUCCGCACAGGUGAUGAUUGCGUCUCCAUCCAGACUGGAUCGUCCCUGGUGCUAAUCGAGGACAUUGAGUGCGGGCCUGGUCACGGUAUCAGUGUUGGGAGCUUAGGAAAAUCGAGGUCGAAGGCCUGUGUUUGGGGUAUCAAGGUCGACCGAGCAACGUUUGACCGCACCACCAACGGCUUUCGAAUAAAGUCAUGGCAGGGGGGUUCAGGUCACGCCCAUGGUAUAAUGUUCCUGAAUGCUAAAAUGAACAAAGUCGAGAAGCCGGUGGUUAUCGAUCAAUACUACUGUGAUUCUGCCACUCCUUGUGCAAACGAGACGUCUGCUGUUGCUAUCUCAGAAAUUAUUAUUGCCAACAUCACGGGGAGAUCAUCUUCGAUGAUGGCUGUGGACAUCAAGUGUAGUGAGCAUGUGCCAUGCAGAAAUGUAGUUCUCCAGAACAUUACAGUAACGACCGAGUCCAAUAAAGAUAAAAGCACAGCUGACAUCAGCUGCUGGAACGCGUAUGGGUUCAUCACCAACAUAACCAGCCCCAUGAGCUGCAGUUUGAAACCCGAACCAGCCGGCACUGGGCUGUUCGACCCGUACAGGAAUCCAACGAGACCUCUUGGCUGCUGAAAGUAAGCAUCCAUGCAACUAGACACCACGUUCUUCCUGAACAAGAGCAAAGACCAACGAUUUACUCGAUAUUUCACAAACCUCAUAGAACUUUCCUUGUGCAAAAACAUGUUCAACCCGAAGGGUUCAGUAAAUCAAGCCGACAAUGAAUUGGAAUAUAGAGUAAAAUUUCCAGUAAAUAAUUCGACACAGAAAUCUCACCUAGACUAUGCAGAUGUACAAUGUUCAUGUACGUCACUAAUUUGACGCUCAAAUUCUCCUGGAAGCGCAUGCUUUGACAUGGCUGAAGUUGGCAUCCGAGAGUAACAUUAUGUAGAGCUUUGCGAGGAAAUAAAACCUUGAAAGGAG